UGCAGGUAGUCUAGCUUUGGCCUCCACAAAUUAAAAAGACUUUGGCCAGCCCCACUGACUCUAACCACUUUCCCUCCAGGCCCUUGACCUUGGCUGGUGCAGGGGUGUGGGAGAACCAGCAGCAUUGAGUGACCAGGCGGAUGAGCCCCCAGGAGAGUUCUGUCCAACCUUUCCAGUUCCUCCUGUUGGUGGGGAUCCCUGUGGCCAGUGCUUUCCUUCUGGUUCAGUGUCUUCGAUGGCACUGCUGUCAGUGGCUGCCAGGGGCCUGCUGGAAGCCGGAUGACCCAGAGGAGCCAGUGUCCCCAUCCACUCCAUUACCAGAGUUUGAGCUUCCAAGGCAGUGCCCAGCCCCGACACUACCGGAGGUGGCUGCAUUCUACCAGGAACUCCACAUGCCAACCCGGGGCCAGACCAUCAUCCGCCAGCUGAUGCAUAAGCUACUGGUGUUUUCUGCUCGAGAGGUGGAUCACUGUGGUGGAUGCCUGAUGCUGCAAGACACGGGCAUCUCCCUGCUCAUUCCGCCAGGUGCUGUGACCGUGGGUCGCCAGGAGAGGGUGUCCUUGGUUCUGGUGUGGGACCUGACAGAUGCCCCGUCACUGUCUCACAGACAGGGACUAGUGAGUCCUGUGGUGGCCUGUGGCCCUCAUGGGGCCUCUUUUCUGAAGCCUUGCACCCUCACAUUCAAGCACUGCGCCCAGCAGCCCAGUCAAGUCUGUGCCUACAGCAGCAAUACCUCCUUGCUCGAUGCCAAGGACUGGAGGCCCCUGGGUCAGCCGGGAACUCAUAUCUCCAGGGACGAGUGUCGUAUCCUGCUCUCUCACUUCAGUCUCUACACCUGUGUUCUGGAGGCACCCCUGGGGCAGACGGGCCGCAAGUGGCUGCAGCUGGCGAUGUUCUGCUCCCCACUGGCACCAGGGCAGACACACCUGCAGCUGCGCGUCUACUUUCUGAACAAUACUCCCUGCGCACUGCAGUGGGCUAUCGCCAACGAACAGCCGCACGGAGGACGCAUGCGCGGGCCGUGCCAGCUCUUCGACUUCACUGGGGCCAGAGCAGACCAGUGCCUGAAGCUCAAGUACAUCUCUGAGGGCUGGGAGAAUGUGGAUGACAGCAGUAGCCAGCUGGUUCCGCAUCUCCACAUCUGGCAUGGAAAGUGCCCCUUCCGCUCUUUCUGCUUCCGGAGAAAGGCAGCCAAUGGGAAUGAAGAGUGCUCGGCAUUAACCAAUGAGAUCAUUGUCACCAUGCACACCUUCCAGGAUGGCUUGGAAACCAAAUACAUGGAAAUCCUCAGGUUCCAGGCAUCGGAGGAGGAGACCUGGGCAGCGCCCCCUCCUGUCUCCCAGCCACCCCUGUGCAAUAGGCUGCCCCCAGAGCUCUUUGAGCAGCUGCAGAUGUUGCUGGAGCCCAACAGUGUCACCGGGAAUGACUGGCGCAGACUGGCCUCCCAUCUGGGGCUCUGUGGCAUGAAAAUCCGGUUCUUGUCUUGCCAGCGCAGCCCCGCCGCGGCUAUUCUGGAAUUGUUCGAGGAACAAAAUGGCAGCCUGCAGGAGCUGCACUACCUCAUGACCUCCAUGGAGCGGCUGGACUGCGCCUCUGCCAUCCAGAACUACCUGAACCGGACUCCCCGGAGCAGCCCUGCCAGGUUGCACGGAGGCACCUGGGAGAACCAUGCCCUAGAGCUGGAUGAGAAACUCUAAGCAGGCUCCGUGGUCGUGCAGGGU